AUGGCUGAGACGGAUUCCUCCCACACCCGUGGGCCCGUAGACUCAAUCCAGAAGAACGACGCCUCAAGCGACGAUGCCGAGGCAGAGACCAAGAUCCAGUAUCCCUCGGGCUGGAGGGUCACGAUGAUCCUGACUUCGGUGACAUUGGCGUACUUUCUUUUCUUUCUUGACCUAGCCGUGCUGUCGACCGCGACUCCUGCCAUUACCUCGCAGUUUGACUCGUUAGUCGAUGUUGGAUGGUAUGGAGGCGCCUACCAGCUUGGAAGCGCAGCGUUCCAGCCCCUGACGGGCAAAAUCUACAGCCAGUUCUCGAUCAAGCAGUGGACAUUCCUUGUCUUCUUCAUUGUCUUUGAACUCGGCUCUGUCCUGUGCGCCGCAGCACGCAACUCGCCCAUGUUCAUCGUUGGUCGGGUCAUUGCAGGCGUAGGGUCGGCCGGCAUGUCCAACGGCGCCGUAACCACAAUCUCCGCGGUCCUGCCAACGCAGAAACAGGCGCUCUUCAUGGGCCUGAACAUGGGUAUGGGCCAGCUCGGUCUUGCGACGGGACCGAUUAUCGGAGGCGCGUUCACAACGAACGUUUCGUGGCGAGAAGAUGCACCAGCUGAUGACGACGCAGGCUUCUACAUCAACCUCCCCCUCGGCGCCGUUGUCGGCGGCUUCCUCCUCUUCAACACGAUCCCCGAGCCGAAACCAAAGGCCCCUCCGUUGCAGAUCCUCGGCACCGCAAUCAGGUCCCUCGAUCUGCCGGGAUUCAUGCUAAUCUGCCCUGCCGUGGUUAUGUUCCUCCUGGGUCUGCAAUUCGGGGGCAAUGAGCACCCCUGGGACAGCUCCGUCGUGAUCGGCCUCAUUGUCGGAGGAGGUGCCACCUUCGGUGUCUUCCUCGUGCACCAGUGGUGGCGUGGCGAUGAGGCAAUGGUCCCGUUUGCCCUCUUGAAGCACAAGGUUAUCUGGUCUGCGGCCAUGACCAUGUUCUUCUCCCUGUCCAGUGUGCUCGUCGCGGACUUCUAUAUCGCGAUAUACUUCCAGGCUAUCCGGGACGACUCGCCACUCAUGAGUGGCGGCGCCAUCUCCGCCGUCGGCUACGGCCUCCUCUCGACGCUGAGCCCGACCACCUCUGUCGCGAAAUGGGUGGGAUACCAGAUCCUCUACGGCGUAGCCAGUGGCUGCACCACCGCCGCUCCCUACGUCGCAAUCCAGAACCUCGUUCCCGCGCCCCAAAUCCCGCAAGCAAUGGCAAUUAUCAUCUUUUGGCAGAACAUUGGCGCCGCCAUAUCUCUCAUUGCGGCAAACGCCAUCUUCUCCAACUCCCUCCGCGACCAGCUAGCCCAGCGCGCGAGUCAGAUCACCGUCUCCCCGGGCGCGAUUGUUGCGGCCGGUGUCCGGUCCAUCCGGGACCUCGUCUCCGGCUCUGCGCUUGCGGCUGUUCUGGAGGCGUAUGCGGAGGCCAUCGACAGGGUCAUGUACUUGGGCAUCGCGGUUAGCGUGAUGGUUAUUGUGUUCUCGCCUGGUCUAGGGUGGAAAGAUAUUCGGAAGACAAAAGAUCUGCAAGCUCUAACUAGCGAUGGAGCGCAGGGUGAAGCGACGGAGAAGGAGACUGUUCCGGUUGCCCUGGGUUAA